CGGACACUUCUAUAUGAACAACCCCCCCAACGCCCCAAUAGUAGUAUAUGCCGCUCAUAUCAUCACUUGUUUACUUUAGAUCAUGUCCUGUCAUCGCAGUAUAAGGGUUAACCACGAUCGAGCGAGCUAGCCACCGUGCGUGGCUUUGCCUUUUGAGGGAUUUGACGUGUAGGCAAAAGCUAUAGCUCGGAGCAGUGGAGUGGCUUGGCUUGGCUUGGCUUGCUGCUCGGUCGAUCGAUCGAGAGAUGGACGGGCUGCACACGGAGCUCGCGCUGGGGCUGAUCGGGUGCUGCGGCGGCGACGGGCAGCAGCAGACGGCGCCGUUCGUGGCGAAGACGUACCAGAUGGUGUGCGACCCGCGGACGGACGCGCUCGUCCGGUGGGGGAGGGACAACAACAGCUUCGUCGUCGUCGACCCCGCCGCCUUCUCGCAGCUCCUCCUCCCCUGCUUCUUCAAGCACGGCAACUUCUCCAGCUUCGUUCGCCAACUCAACACCUACGGAUUCCGGAAGGUUCACCCUGACCGGUGGGAGUUCGCGCACGAGUCGUUCCUGCGCGGCCAGACGCACCUGCUGCCGCGCAUCGUGCGCCGCAAGAAGCGUGGCGAGGGCGGCGGUGGCGGUGGCGGCGCGUCCUGCUCUUUCGGUGGCGGCGCCGGCGAGCACCAGGUGGCUGCUGCUGCGGCCAGCGUGGGAAUGUCGGGAGAGGAGGAGGAUGCGGCGGAGGACGUGCUGGCCAAGGAGGCCGCGCUGUUCGAGGAGGUGCAGAGGCUGCGGCACGAGCAGACGGCCAUCGGGGAGGAGCUGGCGCGGAUGAGCCAGCGGCUGCAGGCGACGGAGCGGCGGCCCGACCAGCUCAUGUCCUUCCUCGCCAAGCUCGCCGACGACCCCAACGCCGUCACGGGCCACCUCCUCGAGCAGGCCGCCGAGAGGAAGCGCCGGCGCCAGCACCUCCCUUCCCACGAGCCCACCGUCUGUCCCCUCCCGCCGGCGCCGCCGCCACAACCUCCGCAGCCGCUCCUGGCUCUCGCCGGCGCCGCGGCCAUGGACGGCACCUACUGGUGGACGACGGAGCAUCAUCAUCAUCAUCAUCAUCAGAUGAAGCCCAUGACGGUGUUGCCAUCCUUGGAGCCGCCCACCGCUAGCUGCGGCGUGCACCAAGUGCCGGAGCUCGGGGGUGGCGGCGUGAUGGGCUUAACGACGGACGGUGAGGCCAAGGUGGAGCCGCCAUUCCCAUUCUGUCUACUUGGUCAAGCUUUCUUUUAAUUAACCUGCCGAAUCAUGCCCAUGCACGUAGUAAUUCUUCCAUUCCACUUACUGAUUCAGUCACUCGAUCCUACGUACACACUGCCAAGAAAAAAAAAAACAGAUGUUAGUUCUAGUGCAAUGCAUGCAGUAACACCAGCAUCGAUCAGUACGUGUUGAUCUGAUUAUUCUUACAGGGUACAGAUUAGAUUACAGACGAUGGUGUAAAACCUUAAUUACUACUGUGUACUUAUGUACAACGCAUCAAACAAUAGUGGUACGGUGUUGAUUACUAGUA